AUGGCAGCUCUGCGCUCUCCACACUUCGUUUCUGUCAGAGGUGCAAUAUCGUUUCUUGGAACGUCUCUGGCUAGCAACCCGCCUCUCCUAAAUCUGCACACUCUCCAAUCAAUUGCUAGAUUUAGAGAAACAUUAUGGGGAUCAAAGUUCAUAUCUUCUCAGGGAUCUCUCAAGCUCAUGCAGAGAACACACUCCAUUAGGCCUUCUGGGGCUUCCAUGGAUAAUAAAGAAAUACCUUCGAAUUUCUUGAGAGACAAAAAGAUGGUUCCUGAUUCAGAUCCUCCCAGUGAUGACGAUAUCAAUCGUUUGCAUCAGUUCUUUGAUACUUGCUCAAAGCUUGUUAUCUUGACUGGAGCUGGGAUAAGCACAGAGAGUGGUAUUCCUGAUUAUAGAAGCCCUAACGGAGCUUACAGUACUGGUUUCCGGCCGAUUACUCAUCAGCAAUUUAUUCGUUCCUGUCGAGCCCGAAGGCGGUAUUGGGCAAGGAGCUAUGCUGGAUGGAGAAGAUUUGCUGCAGCACAACCAGGGCCGGCGCAUAUCGCAUUAGCUUCUCUUGAGAAAGCUGGCCGUGUAAAUUUUAUGAUGACACAAAAUGUAGAUCGGUUGCACCAUCGUGCUGGCAGCAAUCCUCUUGAGUUGCAUGGAACUGUAUAUGUAGUUGCUUGUACUGAAUGUGGUUUUUCUCUUCCACGAGAUUCAUUUCAGGACCAUGUGAAGGCUCUUAAUCCUAAGUGGGCAGAAGCAAUUGAAAACCUGGACUACAACAGCCAGUCGGACAAGAGCUUUGGUAUGAAACAAAGGCCUGAUGGUGAUAUUGAGAUUGACGAGAAGUUCUGGGAGGAAGACUUCCUCAUUCCUGUUUGCGAGAGGUGUAGUGGAAUACUGAAACCUGAUGUUGUCUUUUUCGGCGAUAAUGUCCCCAAGUGUAGGGCUGAUAAAGCUCUGGAAGCUGCAAAAGAAUGUGAUGGUUUCCUUGUUCUUGGUUCAUCAUUGAUGACCAUGUCUGCUUUCCGCCUCAUCCGGGCUGCUCAUGAGGCUGGUGCUGCCACUGCCAUUGUUAACAUCGGCGUAACCAGAGCUGAUGAUUUUGUUCCUCUGAAAAUUAAAGCUCGACUUGGCGAGUUGUUGCCGAGGUUGCUUGCAGCAGGAUCACUCAGUGUGCCUAUUGCAUAG